AUGUUGCAUUUAUCUCAAAAUCAAUCUACAACUUAUCACAGUCAACCAUUACCAACAGCGUCCUCUUAUCAAUCACAAUAUUCAGCAUCAUCCCAACAGCAUUCAACAAAUGAAUCUGAGCAAACAAGUAUUGAUCUUCGUCCACGUUCUUGCAUUCUAAGAAAAUGGCCACAUUACGAUGGUUAUGGUGUUGUAUUGGGACGAAAUUAUACUUGGUUCGGUUUACGUAUUGGUGAUGUUGAACCAAAUAGUCCGGCUGAAAGUGGUGGCCUAUUACGUGAAGAUGUUGUUCUAGCUGUUAAUGGACGAGCAAUUGAAAAUGAGGAUUUUUUUGUUAUCUUAUCAUUUAUACAGCGUGAAUUAGAAAAUGAUGAAAUAUGCUUCUUAGUAUUAGAUCCACAAGGUGCCGAUACCGCACGUCGUAAUAAUAUUUUCAUUGAUGAUCAUUAUCCAUCGGUUGUACGAAUGGAAACGCCAACGUUAACUGUCAGUCCGCAAAAGUUGCUUUAUGAUCAAUGGUCAAGAGAUCCAACGUUAUCACGGAAUACAAUACAUUUAGGACCAGUUAAAGAUGCAGAUCAGCGUUCGUCGGCAUAUAAUAAUAACGUAGAUAAUAAUCGUAUACCAUCUAUCUUGUCUUAUCAAGAUAAUCAUUCGACAUCGCAACGUUAUUCUGAAAAAAAACCACAAGAGACAGCUGAACAAGUUUACACAUUUUUACCAUAUUCAGGUAUGUAUAUUUAA